AUGGAGGAAGACAAACACGAAACCGACCGCCAUUCCCUGUCGUCGACAUCGUCGCGAUCCAUCGGAGAGCGAGAUGGGACUACCUUUUCACCCAUUGCAGCUCCAACAGCUCAGCAACACGCCCUGAACACGAUCGAACUGCACAAGACUACCUCGAGAGCGUCGCGAGCGUCGCGGGCUUCCAAUAUUAAUCGGACAUUGUCGCAUACAGAUGGAUAUAGUAUCAGCGUUCGAGGGGAAGAGGGGGACGAAGAGGAAGAAGCACUUGAACAAAGGAGGGAGGAAGGUGUACCUGCACCGGAUGCGUCUGCUACCGAGCUGGUGGUGAAAUGGGAUGAGAAUGAUCCCGAGAACCCGAGGAAUAUGAGCUAUGCUAGGAAAUGGGUUAUUGCCAUUGUUGUUUGCCUAGGCUCGGUCUGCGUGACAUGCACAUCCUCGGUGUACACCAUGAUCUACGCCCAAGUUACCGAAGAAUUUCACUGCUCAAAAGAAGUCGCAACACUUGGUUUGACGACAUUCAUUUUCGGUCUCGGUGUCGGUCCAAUGUUCCUCGCUCCGUUGUCAGAAUUCUAUGGUCGACGAAUCAUUUAUGUCACCUCCUUCACGUUCUAUGUCAUCUGGAUGAUUCCAUGCGCCGUUGCACAAAACAUUGAGACGCUGAUUGUUGUGCGCUUUUUCGGUGGAUUGUCUGGAGCGGCCUUCUUGAGCGUGGCAGGAGGCACGGUAGGCGAUUUAUUCAAUCGCAAUGAGCUCGCUGCUCCGAUGAUGGCGUUUUCUGCGGCGCCGUUUCUGGGUCCUCAGAUUGGUCCUUUGGUUGGAGGAUUCAUCAACCAGUUUUCUACCUGGCGAUGGACGUUUUACACCUUUCUCAUCUGGGCUGGAGUUCAGUUGGUGGCACUGUUUUUCCUCGUUCCAGAGACCUACCAUCCAGUGUUGUUGAAACGCAAAGCUAUCCGACUCCGCAACGAGACUGGUGACCAGAGAUAUAUCGCUCCUAUUGAGAAAAUGGACAGAAGCGUCGCACAAACUGUUAUUCGCUCUUGCUACCGGCCCUUUCAACUACUUACCUUGGAACCGAUGGUACUGUGUUUGUGCUUGUAUUCGGCAGUUCUUUUGGGUAUAUUGUACCUUUUCUUCGGUGCCUUCAACCUUGUCUUUACCGAAGUGUACGGUUUCAAAUUAUGGCAGGKUGGAUGCAGCUUUUUGGGUAUCUCGGUUGGUAUGAUGGUGGCAGUUGGAUCUGAUCCGCUCUGGCGCAAGAACUACCAACGUCUAGAGCGCAACCACAUGGCUGCUGUAGGUGAGAAGGGAGAGGCAAUGCCCGAAUGGCGUCUUCCUCCUGCCAUUGCAGGCGCUCCCCCGGUCACCAUUGGUAUUUUCAUCUUUGCAUGGACGGCGUAUUCGCAUGUGCACUGGAUUGCGCCUAUUAUCGGAACGGCAGUGUUUGGAAUGGGUGUCAUCCUCGUGUAUUCCGGGAUCUUCACAUUCCUGGUUGACGCCUACCCGGAAUUCGCGGCCAGUGCACUGGCAGCCAACAGCUUCGCUCGAUCGAGUUUUGCCGGUGUUUUCCCUCUAUUUGGGACAUACAUGUACAACCGCCUCGGAAUCCAUUGGGCGUCGAGUUUGUUGGGAUUUUUGACGUUGUUGAUGCUUCCAUUGCCAUAUCUAUUCUUUACAUACGGCAAGGAAUUGCGCAAGAAGAGCAAAUUCGCGACGUCUCGUGUUUGA